GUUGAACGAAGAGUGAGAUUGCCUGUAAGAUUACCAUAAUGUCCAUUUCUGAUAAAGACUAUGUUAUACGGUAACAGUGAGAGCCGUCUCAUCAUCACAAGGCCGCCGGAAAAUGCUUGCUUUAUUUUCGUGCUCGAGACUCGCCUUUGACAUAAAAGCACUCCGACACCAUGUUCGUUGGCAUAUGCAGCUGAAAAGCCGUUCUCAAAGUGGAUAUGCUACUGUUCCUUCAGCGGAGUCAACCUUGCGCACUGCCCUAUUUUUCCCUGGUCAUGGGGUACAGCGUGUGGGAAUGGCAAGUUCUUGGGUCAAUAAGUUCCCAAAGACAUCCGGACGCUUCUUAGACGAGGUGGACUCUAUCUUAGGGUUCAAAUUGUCACAAUUUAUCUUCGAAGGCCCAAAUGCUGAGCUCAAUAAAACCGAAAAUUCCCAGCCAGCUAUAAUGGCAACUUCGAUACUAAUACUUCGAAUACUGGAAGCAGAGUUCGGCUUCAAGACAAAAUCGCGAGUAAAUGUUACCCUCGGACAUAGUUUGGGCGAGUUCUCCGCACUGGUUGCUGGAGGUUACUUUGAUUUUAGCGAUGCAUUGAAACUAGUGAGACGUCGAGCGGAGAUAAUGUCUCAAUGCACGCAUGAUGCUAUUAAGAGAUCAGGAGAGGACUACGGCAUGAUAGCACUUGUUUGUGAACCUGAUCGUCUGAGUGAACUGCUUGGUACUAUCCACGAAUUCAUUGGACUUGGCCCGUCGAGUCUGAAGGACGAUUCCAGCGACGGGUUUCAGGCAUUCCAACAAGUGAUGGUUGCAAAUAUCAACUCUAGGAACCAGAUCGUACUCAGCGGCAGCAUUGCAAGGAUAAGGUCUUUGCUUAUCCAAAUUCGUCAAUUUGGAGGGCAUGAUCCGCGUGCGGUGAGAUUGAGAUGUGAAAGCCCGUUUCACAGUCCCAUAAUGCUACCGGCCGCGAAAUACAUGAAACAGGCCCUUGAACACAUGGUUAUUAAUUUCCCAGCACAAAAGCCUUGUAUCUCUAACGUUUCGGGCCUGCCAUUCAAUUCCAAGGAGGAACUCAAGGUCUUAUUAUCGCAGCAAUGUGUCGAAACGGUGAGAUGGUGGGAUAGUAUUCGAUAUUUAGACCAAGAGCAGGGAGUAAAACAAUGGAUUGGGAUAGGACCUGGGAAAGUCGGUAGAAAUCUGGUUGGGAAAGAGGUUGGUAAUGUUAUGGCUACAGGUGGUGGCGUUUGGUCUGUAUGUGAUCCCCUGGAGGUUGAGAGUAUCCUCAUUGCACUACAGAAGGCCGAUAACGGUGCCUUGCAUGGUUGAAACAAUCCUUUGGUAUGCUUUACAAGUCCUAGAGCUCGUUAUACUAGCGUGGCAUGUUACCGUUGUUAUUGCUUGUGCCCCCAAUACAACUCAAUUUCCUAGU